UAGAAAUUUAUUAAAAACUCCUUAAAUAAAGAACAAAAUAAUUUAUACCGCAAUUUCUACUCAAAAAAGGAUGAUUUCAGCCGUAAACAAUUCAAGAGACACAUAGUUAUCGAUGUCACGCCGACCCCAGGUCCACCCCUAAUCCGACCCAGCUCCAAUCAGACCGAUUCUCCCGCUCGAAUUGAAUUUUGCCGGAAAAUAAACAAACCUUUAUUCGAAAUAUGUUUGAGCCCGAAACGGAAGAUAUGUUGCCCCGUUCAGCUCCCAGGCCCAGUGCGGCUGUGCCUAUGGGCCACUCCAACGAAGUAAUCCGGCCCACCGUGCCGGAGGUGUCCAUAUUGUUUGGUCAGCCGCCGCAGCAGCAGCAGGAACCAAUGAUGCAAAUGCAGAUGCAGCCCGCGCAGGAGCAAUCUCCGCGCCCUGAGCCUACCUUUGCCUCCUGGAAGAAGCAGAUGCUACCACGGGUCAAUUUCUCACCCAUUCUGACCACAGAACUAGGACCACGCCCCGCCCCCAGCAGCAGCAACAACCACAACUUGGGUAUUUCCUCCAACGAGUACAUUGUAAUCCCUAGAGACCGUCACUACACUACUGAAGCAGGAUCGUGUGCCACUAGUUCUGGAGGGAUGUACAGCGAGUCCAAGAAGCAGCAGUUCCAAUCGGUGCGACGUUUGUCUACUCCGUCUAGCUCGGAUGUUCUAACGAUUUGUGCAGGAACCCAGACCGAUGUCGUGAAUCGAAGUUCUCCGCGAACAUCGCUGCCAUCGGUGGUAUACUCGGACAUUGAUGUCAGUAAUUUGGUCAAUAAAAACGACCUGGCGACAGUGGUAUCGCUACUGGAAACCAUGCGGCAGGAGCAGCAGCAGUUGAGGCGUCUCUGCGAGACGCUAUUGGAACAGCAUCAGGCGAGAGCUGAAGCUGCACCAAAGCCCAGCAGAACAACAGCUAGCCAGUGCGAUAUUUUGACUUCCACCAAUAAUAACAACCAUGGCAAGCGGUUAACACCCAUUAUCCAGGACUACAUAGUUGAGGAGGAGGAGGAGCCUCCAGCACGAGUAGUUCCUCAGCAAUUUCAAUCACCACGACCCACUCAGCCCAUGGCCCAGUCCACGGGCUAUCGGGCGAACACACCCCAAGGACCAGCGAAGCGGAUCCCUCAACUCGCCAAACCAAACACUGAAAAGAGCAUGGUCAUGAACGAGUUGGCCCUUAAGUACUUGCGACAGCCCGUCGACGAGCUGAUGAAGGAUAUGCGCUUGGGGUCUUCGCCCAAAUCCCCCAAUCAUGCCGAACCCCUACGUCAGAUCGACAAUCUCGGUCAUACUCCCGGGCAGAGCAGUAGCCCGAACGACAUUUCGAAUGCCUCGUACAAGUAUCUCAAGAAGUAUCGCCUGCUGCCCGAAGAGCAGCUGGACUAUGCACGAUCACCACAAUCUCCGCUGGCCGCUCCGCCGCAAAUGCAACUCGACUUGGAGAACAUCAGAAAUCAACCGAAACUGAUGUGA